AUAUUUACUGGAAAUCGAUGAAAAUGACAAAUUUCUAAAUUUUCAAAAUUCGGUUUUGGUGAUUUUUUGGAUUUAAAAAAGUGGCCAGGUUGGACCCAAGAUAAAUACUAACGUUCAGCCAAAGAUGUACCUUUGUGGUUGACAUAUAGGUGUGGGGAAAAUGGUGAGGAAGAAGAAUAUUGUUCUUUUGUUUUGGUACAUCUUGUUUGUGGGGGCGGAAUUCUGUCGGGCACAGACAAAGUUGCUGACCUACAAUGCUGCACUUUUGGGGAGUAUUCCGAAUAAAGAGGAGCGUGGUGACUAUAUAGCGACUAACAUCGGACACACGGACCCAGACAUCAUCUGUUUACAAGAGGUCUGGCUGAAGAGGGAUGUAGAAUUGCUGACAUCGACCAACCAGCACCGAUAUCCUUAUUUCUAUAGCGCAGUCGAUACGGAAUCGUCCUCCAAGCCUCCCUGUGCCAACAUCUCACUCAUUAGUGUAUUUUUUAAAAUAUUAGCAAAUGGAUGUACGAAACAUGCAACCUCUGCGGGAAAAGCCCAGUGUGCGACGGAAAAAACUGGAGUUAUGAACCUUCCACAAAGGUGUAUAUCCUGUCUUGCAAUAGCGUCUACAAAUGAUUUCUCGUUUUCUAACCUUCUGAGGGAUUGUGUUGUGACAACUCAAGGAGAAGUCAAUCUUCCUGGACUCGUGGUUCUAAGCAAACGACCAAUGCUUAACCCUAUAGUAAAAUAUUUUUUGCCAUCUACAAAGAAGACAGCUUACAGAGGAUAUAUACACUUCCAGGAUGAAAAAGUCGGUGACAUAGCUUGUACGCAUUUAACACCGUUACUGGGACCCAUAUACAUUGAACCAAACCUGCAGGGAAUCUUCGAGGGUUAUGCAGAUCAGAACUUUUUUGAGACGAUCACAUUAGAUUAUGAUUUGUCGUCAUCAUUACGUGUUGUAAUAAUGGGAGAUCUAAACUGUGGUCCGGGAAUUCCUGAAAAGAAUAUUGAAGAGGAAUGUGAAAAAUCAUACUACCACUUUACAUUAGCUGGCUACACGAGUCCUUACGUCGAGCGUGUAGGACUAUGUACAUACUGUAAGGAUAAUGCCUUAGCACUGACGCAGUACGAUAAGACAGAUCUAAGUAUUAACAACAACAUCAUAGAUCACAUAUUUGUUCGCGGCGUCUCUGUGGUCUUUAUACAGCGAGUCCUGACAGAAUACGUACCCAGUCUACCUUAUACUCCGUCGGAUCAUUAUGGUGUACAGGCAACUGUGGUGGACAAAGGAAACCAUCUAAAGUUCUUGUUGGUGCCGUGGCCAGAAUGGAUCACGUGAUGUAAAUGACAUCCAAACCAAUGUCUCAGAACAAUAUCUGUGCCAAACAAAAUCAUGAAAAUGUUUGAAUUUAUUGUU